AUGGCUGCCAGGACAGGCAGACUCAAGGCCAAACCCCACAGCAAGACCUGGGAUAUGAAUCGGAGGGAAGUCAGUGCCAGGCGGCAAGUUGGCGAUGCAGAAAGUGUGGUCAAUCAGCAAGGUUCCAGUACUACUACAGAUGGCCAAGGCCAGCAGCCUUGGUGGAAAAACGUUGGCAUGGAGGAGGGAAUGUAA